AUGCCCAACACAGUUUCGAGCUUUUCCUUCCUGAAAUUCCUGGUGGUGGCGGGUGUUGCUGUUCCGAUGCUCGGUUAUCUCUACUUCCAAGAUAACAAGAAUGCGGUCCCUACAGUCCCGGCCGACACGAUCAAGGCAUCGCUCUCCAUGGGCAUGAUCGUUGGUCAGAUUGGUUUCGGAAUCUUUGGCGACGCCCUGGGCCGUCAUAGGAUCUACGGCAAAGAGCUCAUGUUGACAAUACUCGGUACCUUGCUCGUUGUUUUGAUGCCAUGGAGGGGCUUCUCGCACCAUGAUGUUAUUGCGUGGAUGUCUGUGUUUCGAGUGGUGACGGGUAUUGGCAUCGGCGGAGACUACCCGAUGACUUCAGCUCUGUCCGCUGAACAAAAUCCUCUGCACUCAAGGGCGAAACUGGUCCUGACAGUGUUUGCCUCUAUUGGCCUUGGAGGCAUGUCCUCCGGCAUUGUCUACCUCGUCCUUUUAGCCGCCUUCAAGUCGUCUGUCAACGACAACAUCUACCACUUGCAGUGGGUAUGGAGAUUGUUGUUCGGCAUAGGGCUUGUUCCCUUGAUCAUUACACUAUAUUUCCGUUUGACUAUGCCCGAAAGCAAGCCCUAUCGGCAAUAUGUCGCUGAGGAGACAUCUCUGAAAAAGGACGGCAAACGUGGUCUGCGCGACCAGUUCCGAGAUUUCAGGGAGUAUUUCUCAGAAUGGAGGCAUGCGAAAGUCCUGUUUGCCGUUAGCAUGUGCUGGUUCCUCUUCGACAUCGCCUUCUACGGAGUUAACCUCAAUCAGAGCAUUGUGCUCUCGAAAAUUGGAUACGGCAAGGGCCCAACUCCAUGGCACACCCUGUGGAACACUGCAGUUGGCAACAUUAUCGUAGCAGCCGCGGGGUACCUCCCAGGCUACUACAUCGGAAUCUUCCUGCCGGACUGGAUUGGACGAGUGAAGCAACAAUUCUAUUGCAGCGCUCUCGUCGCCGUCCUGUACGCCAUUUGGGCAGGCGUACUCAAUCACAGCUCCACAGCCGGGCUGGUGACGCUAUUCACACUGUCCCAAUUGGUCCUCAACAUGGGACCUAACUGCACCACGUUUCUCAUCCCCGUUGAAGUCUUCCCAACCCGAGUCCGCGGCACAGCGCACGGUAUCGCCGCAGCUUCGGGCAAGGCGGGUGCAAUGGUCACUGCAUUUUCCUUCGGCUCGCUCACAGACGCCAUUGGCCUGCCUGCUGUUCUCGGCAUCCUGUCCGGGAUCAUGGCUCUCACUGCCCUCUGCACACUAUUGAUCCCUGAGACCAAAGGCCGUACACUGGACGAGAUCGAGCAGGGCGUCAUCUAUAGCGUCAAAGCCAGCACCAAUAGCGGCACCUCGAACGCUGGCGUGUCUCCUGUUCUCGAAGGGAAGACCAAUGUCCAUGUGAACGCCGACGGCAAGGGCAAGGACAUUGAGUCUAUGUGA